ACCUUCAUGCUUUCCGUUCCCACUUUUCUCGAAUUUUCUCUCGAAUUUGUGGCGACGAGGAGAGAAUUGAUUUGACAGUUUGGUUGGAACGUGGUUUUCGUCUUCGUACUGCAGAAAUCGCGGCUGUUUUCUGAGAGGAUAAUGUCGUCGGAGUUUUCCGGUGGUGUGCCGGGAUUUUUCGCCGGUAGAUCCGGCGGUAACGGUACCAGUCUCAACCCGCAGCAGCAAUUUCCUCUUCGAUCGCCGUUGUCGGGAAUUGCGCCGGACGCUGGAGUGCAGAUCCGGGGGCCGGAAAUGAUUGGGAAGAGAUCGUUGGCAGAGUUUCAGCAGCAGCAGGGUGAACAAGGAGGAUUAGGGUUCUAUCUCCGGAACGUGAAGUCGAGGACGAAUUACCAUCAUGAAUCUCCUAUAUCACCGCUGUCUAUGGCGGAUUUGUCGCCGGUUCCGUUCAUUUCGCAGAAUAUAGCAUCGGUUUCAAAUUCCGGUAACCGGCGGUAUGGCCUUCCUGUUCUUCAGCCAAGCAGGGUACAUCCUUUGACUCAUUUAAAUAGAGCAGUUAACAAUGCGUCUGCUGGUGUUCUCUUGCCAAAUACGGCCGGUAAUGCCGGCGCGAGCCUGGAUUCGGAGGUUUUGGGGGAGGAAUCGGAGAAGAAAAUGAUGAGCCAUCGGUUACAGGAGCUGGAGAAGGAGCUGCUGGAAGAUGGAGACGAUGAGGAAGCAGCUUCGGUGGUUACCAACAGCGAGUGGUCGGAGACGAUCCAGAAUCUGAUUGAUCCGGCGAGACGGCGCGUUUCUCUAUCUCCGACUUCAUCUUCUUCGUCCUCAUGUUCAUCCACUUCAACUUCUCCGAUUACCUGCACCAAACAGCACUUCGUUGACGCAGCCGCUGCUAUUUCCGAAGGAAAAUUCGACAUCGCCGCCGAAAUCCUCGCGCGUCUGCAGCAGAUUGCGAAUCCGAGAGGCACGGCGGAGCAGAGGCUCACGACUUACAUGGUCGCAGCUCUGAAGUCGCGUCUGAACUCAACGGAAUAUUCCGUCGCGGCCUCCGAGCUAUACGGUAAAGAACACAUGCUUUCAAUCCAAAACCUCUACGAUGCUUCGCCGUGCUUUAAGCUCGGUUUCAUGGCGGCCAAUCUCGCUAUCCUCGAGGCGACGGAGCAGGUAUCUCGGAGCAUUCACGUCGUCGAUUUGGAUAUCGGUCAAGGCGGACAGUACGUGCAUUUGCUCCACGCGCUGGCGGGGAAAACCGCCGGGGACUCACGCGCCGCCGCAUUGAAGAUAACCACCUUCUCCGACCUCUCCGCCGGCAGCGAAGAGAGGCUGAGAAACGUCGGAGAAGUUCUGAAAGCCUCCGCCUCAAAAAUCGGCGUCGGCUUGAAAUUCUCCGUUGUCAACUUCAACAUUCGCGAACUGAGCCGCGAGAAUUUAGGAAUUGAUCGGAGCGAAACCCUAGCCGUAAAUCUGGCGUUCAAAUUGUACAGGCUGCCGGACGAGAGCGUGACGACGGAGAAUCUGAGAGACGAACUCCUCCGCAGCGUGAAGCAGUUAUCUCCGGCGGUGAUGACGGUGGUGGAGCAGGAGAUGAACGGCAACACCGCCCCUCUGACGGUCCGAGUGCGUGAGGCCUGCGAGCACUACGGCGCUCUAUUUGAAUCCCUGGAGGCGACGGUGGCGCGGGAGAGCUCGGAGCGGGCGAGGAUCGAGGCGGCGGUGGGGCGGAGGAUGGGGAACGCGGUGGCGUGCGAGGGCAGGGAGCGCGUGGAGAGAUGCGAGGUGUCGGGGAAGUGGCGGGCCAGGAUGCGGAUGGCCGGGUUUGAGGCGAUUCCGAUGAGUCAAGUCGUGGGGGAAUCGCUGCGGGCGAAACUCAACUCGGGGACACGUGUCAACCCGGGAUUCACCGUGAGCCAGCAAUCUGGAAGCUUGUGCUUCGGGUGGAUGAGUCGAAUCCUGACCGUCGCGUCAGCCUGGUGUUAAACACUACACUACACUUGUCCGACAUGACUACUCUGCUCUUAAAUUAAUUCUAAUAUUAUUAAUAAUUUCGAUUAAUAAUAUUAAUAUAUAUAUAUAUAUUUUGCAUUUUUGCUGUAUUUUUAAUUUUCUACGUUGGUGCGACUACAUAAUUUUAUUUUGGAGAAAAAAAAUCAAAAUCAAUGUAUAUAUUUAUUUCACUUUUUUUGUUAAGUGUUUUGUUAUUAAGGUUCAAUUGGGUGUAGAGUU